AUACAUCUUGGGGACUCCCAAUUAUGGACAGUGGGGAUAUGGAGGGCCUGUACCAUCAGACAGUAUCCCACUUCGACGAAAGGUUCCAGUAGUGGUUACAGAAUGUUCUGCACUUCCCUCUGAACUGAUCUCUGGAAGGAAGACCUCGAUGAAACGCGACCCUUCUGGUGCGAGGAACUCCCAGCCACAACCAGCGCCAAUGGGAGCAACUAGAGCUGCGGAUGCCGUAACUGGGAGACCAGCCAUUAGAGGAACUGGAGAGGCUGGUCGAAAUCGAAGUGCGGUUGGAUGA